GGGUGGGGCGGGGCGAGAGGGCGGUGCUGGACUCGUUCGGACCCGGCUUACCAGGGUCGCGGCUGCCGCGGCAGGAAGAUGAACGGCGCAGAUUCCCCCAAGCCUCCUGUUGCUCCCAAGCCGAAGACAACUGCCCCCAAGUUCCCUGCCUCUCCCAGGGCUGAGGGUCCGCACAGCCCCAGCCCUAUGUUCCGGGGCCCCAAGCCACCCCUGGCACCCAAGCCCAGGCUGGCGGGCCUGGCAGGGUGCAGGCCUGGGGCACACAUGAACCACCGGCUCUCCAAGUGCAGCAAUGGCCAGCUGCUAUGGGCCAUGGGUUCCCUGAACCCCGAGUGCUCUGGGUCAGAGACAGAGGAAGACAUCGUCACGGGCCCCCAGGCUGCACCCGGAGAUGAUGCGGCCAAGGACACGGGCAGCUUGAGGGAGGAAGCAUGUGUGGACGGAGGCGCCGAGGACACCGGGGGAACCCAGGACCUGACACCCCCAGCUGGAGAGGGAGAGGAAGGCCCUGGAGACGAGGCAGCGGAGGAGGAGGAUGGCAGCUAUGGCUCGGGGAUAGGGGUGUUGCUGCCCACGGGCGAGGAAGAGGAGGAACCAGGGGGAAGACUCGGCCUGUGUGACCUGGAGGACGGCCAGCACGAGGCCCCCUGGACCCAUGAGGACCCACGCGAAGGGCCUGGGCUGCCUGGGGACACCACGGAAGUGGAAGAGGAUGGUGAGGAGGGCUGUGGCCAUGCAGAUCCAGGCCAUGGACAGGAUAUGGACAAGGCCAGCGAGGAGCUCCCCUUGUGUGAGGAGCCCCUCGAGUGCAAGGAGCCUUCUGAGGAGCCCCCUGAGUGUGAGGAGACCCCCACGUGUGAGGAGUCCCCUGAGUGUGAGGAGACCCCCGAGUGUGAGGAGCCCCCCGAGUGUGAGGAGCCCCCUGAGUGUGAGGAGACCCCCGUGUGUGAGGAGCCCCCCGUGUGUGAGGAGCUCCCUGAGUGUGAGGAGUCCCCUGAGUGUGAGGAGACCCCCGAGACCCCCAUGUGUGAGGAGCCCCCUGAGUGUAAGGAGCCCCCUGAGUGUGAGGAGACCCCCGUGUGUGAGGAGUCCCCCGAGUGUGAGGAGUCCCCCGAGUGUGAGGAGUCCCCCGUGUGUGAGGAGCCCCCUGAGUGUGAGGAGACGCCCGUGUGUGAGGAGCUGACUACCUGCGCCCAGGAGCCCAUGCCACAGGGCCUUGGUGUCUCCCAUGAGCAGAGCAAGGACAUACAGGCUGACUGGGAUGAGCCCGACGGGACGGCCACCCAGGACGGAAGAGGCCCUGGAGCUCAUGAAGACCCCAUGCCAGCCGAGCCCUCUGAGGACAGCUGCCAGAUCAUCCCUUUCGAGAGCAGCAGUAUGGAGGACCUGGUGGUGGCCGUCGAGGGGAGCCCCUAUGAGCUCUUCCCCAGCGAGAGCACCUCCUUCUGCCGCCAUAGCUGUGCCCCUGUCCUGCCCGCAGGUGGCUUGGAAUCAGCACCACACCCGAUGUGGGGCGUCCCCAGCGUGGGGAGUGCAAGUGGGAAGAGAGCUGGAGCUGGGGAGGCACCCUCUGUCCCCGACGUGGUUGUCCUGCCAGGGGAUGAGGGUGCCACACACAUGGCACGCAGUGAUCCCUGCGUGACAGGGUUCAAGGAAGACGCAGCGUCUGACACUGAGGGUGGCCCGGUGCCUGGGGACAAGAGGAAUGUCGUCCCAUGGGCCUGGCCCCACUCUGGGAAGGUGGCUGGCUGUGUCCCAGAGACGGUGCCUGAAGAGUCGGGCCUGGAAGCUGGGUCCUCAGCUGUGGGCAUCGCCAAGGAGGCAGGGAGGCCAGCGAUGCCCCUCGAGGCCGGCUGGGCCCUGCACCCGCGCUCCUUCUCUGUGGAGGGCCGCGAGCCACCAGGGGCUGUGAACCGGGAGCCCCAGGCCGCUGGGUUGGACCUGCACCGCAUGAAGAGGAAAGAGGACAACCUGUCGCUGCCCUGCGUGAUCGGCUCCUCCGGCAGCUUCUCCCAGGGCAAGCGCCUGCCGUCCAGCGGCACCUCGACGCCCUGCUCGCUGGUGGACAUCCCGCCGCCAUUCGACCUGGCCUGCGUCACCAAAAGGCCAGUCACCAAGAGCUUCCCAUCGCUGCUGCUAGACAGUGAGGCCCCUGACAAGGCCACCAAGAAGAAAAAGUCGUCCUUCAAGCGCUUCCUGGCACUGACCUUCCGGAGAAAGGCAGACAGCAAGGCACACGCGGACGCUGGCCUGGCCUCCUCCCGCUCCUCGUCUGAGUCCAGCUACCAUGGGCCCUGCCGCCUCCUGGACGGGGACCGGCGGAGCCUGGGCAGCUCCCCGCAGCUCCGGGCCCAGGUCGGGAAGCCGCGGGCUCCUGAGUCUCCUGCAUCGCUGCUGUUCUCCAGGGAUGGCAGGAGGAGGGGCAUCCCCUUCAGCAGGACAGUGUCCAGAGUGGAGUCCUUUGAGGACCGCUCACGGCCGCCUUUCCUACCACUGCCGCUGACCAAGCCGCGCUCCAUCUCCUUCCCCAAUGCGGACACAUCCGACUAUGAGAACAUCCCCGCCCUGAGCUCUGACUACGAGAACAUCCAGCUCCCGCCUCGGAGGCCGGCGAGGCCCGGCACGUUCACCAAGCUCUUUGAGGAGCAGAGCCGGGCCCUGUCGGCCGCCAACGAGAAUGACGGCUACGUGGACAUGAGCAGCUUCAGCGCCUUUGACAGCAGGUCGCAGGGCCCGGAGCCCGAGGCCGAGAGCGCCUACACGGAGCCCUACAAGGUUUGUCCUGUUUCGGCGACAGCACCCAGAGAGGACGGGUCUGAGGAGGAGCAGGGCAGCUCUGAGGAGGAGGACGGCACCCCCAGGGACCCCAGCGUCACCCACAAGGUGGAAGGACCGUCCCGCGCCCUGGUCAUCGCUCAGGAGCUGCUGUCAUCGGAGAGAGCGUUCCUGCAGACGCUGGGGCCCGUGUGCCUGGAUUUCCAUGCUGCCGUCACGAGGGCCCUGGACAGCGUGGAGGACGCGCAGGCGCGGGAGGAGCUGCGGCAGGGCCUGGACGAGCUGCCCGCCAUCCACGCGCUGCACCAAGGCGUCCUUCAGGAGCUGGAGCAGAGGCUGGGUGACGGGGAGGGCCCGUCGAGGGUGGCCGGCGUCUUUCUGGCCCGUGCGCAGGAGUUCGAGCACCACACGGCGCUGAUUCUGCACUUCGACCGCAGCCUGGCCGUGCUCGCCCAGGCCUGCGCCCGCUGUCCCCACCUGGCCGCCGCCGUCUGUGAUCUCGAGCAGCAGGGCGGCCAGCGGGUGAAGCAGCAGCUGCUGGCAGUGGUGCGGCGGCCGUUCCAGUACCACGCCCUCCUCACAGACUAUCUGAACAACCUCUGCCCGGACUCAGCUGAGUACGAUGACACGCAAGGUGCGCUCACGCUCAUCUCUUCGGUCACUGACCGUGCCCACGACAGCAUGGAGCAGGGGGAGAACCUGCAAAAGCUGGUCCACAUCGAGCACAGCGUCCGUGGCCAGGGUGACCUCCUGCAGCCGGGAAGGGAAUUCCUGAAGGAGGGGACGCUGAUGAAGGUGCGUGGGAAGGACAGGCGCCCCCGCCACCUGUUCCUGAUGAGUGAUGUGCUGCUGUACACCCACCCCCAGAAGGACGGGAAGUACCGGCUCAAGCGCUCGCUGCCCGUGGCUGGCAUGAAGGUCAGCCGGCCGGUGAUGGAGAACGUGCCCUACGCCCUGCGCAUCGAGACCGCCCAGAGCUGCAUGACGCUGUCAGCCAGCUCCUGCGCCGAGAGGGAUGAGUGGCACAGCUGCCUAAGCAGGGCUGUCCCCGAGGACCACGAGGCCCAGGCGCUGGCCGCCUUCCACCACAGCGCGGAGCUCCGCGAGAGGCUGGGGGUCAGCCUGGGGGAGCGGCCGCCCACGCUGGUGCCCGUCACACACGCCAUGAUGUGCAUGAACUGCGGCUGCGACUUCUCCCUCACCCUGCGCCGCCACCACUGCCACGCCUGCGGCAAGAUCGUGUGCCGGAACUGCUCGAGGAACAAGUAUCCCCUGAAGUACCUCAAGGACCGCAUGGCUAAGGUGUGCGACGGGUGCUUCGGGGAGCUGAGGAAGAGGGGCGGGACCCCGCCGGGCCCCCUGCGAGAGCGGCCCGUGACCAUGAGCUUCCCGCUGUCCUCACCCCGCUUCUCCUCGGGCAGCGCCCUCUCCUCCGUCUUCCACAGCAUCAACCCCUCCAACUUCAAGAAGCAGAAGAAGGUCCCGUCAGCCCUGGCUGAGGUGGCCGCCUCGAGCGAGGGCUUGGCCAUCAGUGGCUACCUCAGCCGGUGCAAGCGGGGCAAGCGGCCGUGGAAGAGGCUGUGGUUCGUCAUCAAAGGCAAAGUGCUCUACACCUACACAGCCCGCGAGGACAAAGUGGCCACAGAGAGCAUCCCUCUGCUGGGCUUUACCAUCGCUCCAGGGAGGGAGGAGGGCAGCGGCGACCCUGGUCCUGUCUUCCACCUUUACCACAAGAAAACCCUUUUCUACAGCUUCAAGGCAGAGGACACUAGCACUGCCCAGAGGUGGAUGGAGGCCAUGGAGGAUGCCAGCGUAUUAUAGCAUUGCCCAGCAUGGGACUGGAACAAGCUCACGUGGGACAGGUGACCCUACCGGGAGCCACACAACUCAGCCCACGCGGAACUGGCCGGGGACCACAGAGGAUCCCCAAACCUGGCCUCUAUCGUCAUGUUUCCCAGCCUGCCGUGAUUCCCUUUCCCAGCAGUGAGCUACAUGGAGUGACGUCAAGACGUGGAAAGCAGUAGAAAUGUAGGUGCACAGCGGAAACAGCUUUCCCAGUCUGUCCUCGCAGGAGAUUCAUCGCCUUUCAUGGCAUCCACUGGGCCUCAGGGGAGAUGAACGGUGGCGGUGACAGCUCCUGUCCUCCCAAGCACUUUAUCGUCCUGCUGAGCGGCAGCCUUCAGUUCCAGGUUCCCCAAGGCUUUACUGCGUCCCGUGGACACCAGGCCACCCAGGCCACUGUCCUCCACACAGCGAUGAUGAGGCAGGAGGGUCCUUCCUCUGGCCGAGCAUGCGGCAACGUCCUUACCAGGGUGGGACUCCGCCAUCCCUCCACGGUGUUCUCCACACCCCCCAGGUCUCCAGUGACCUUCAGAAGACGACAUCAGCUCUAAUUUAUUGUGUGCCUUCCUGCGCCUGCCACUCCUGCUGGCAAUGCGUGUCCGGACCCGCCCUCCCCCAGACACAACGGUGGCUAUCUCCCAAAAGAAAAGGGAGAGAAAAUUGGAGCUCAGAAGGUGAACAGUAGUGGCUGGAAGAGAAGACGCUGUGCCCUGGGGCUGUGAUGUUGCUGUGGGUCCUGAGGGCACAGGCUGGAGGGCCACGUCCCUGGUGGGGAGCGUUCCUGGCCCCGGCAGGAGUGUGGCCGCCGCCGGGCUCUCACUGCAGACACUGUAAAGAACCACUAUCUGAGGACUAGGUAUUUACAUUCAGUAUUUCCAGGGAAACUUUUUUUUCUAGUUUUCAGUUCUUUUAAAAGGUUUACAUUAAACACGUCCAGGGCGCAGACAGAUCUUUUGUUAAUCCUGAGGGCUCAGUCCUGGCGGAAUCGGCUCCUCACACCCAGCCAGCGCCCGUCUGCGGCUUCGUCUCCUGCGGUUUUAGCUACCCAGGGUCUACUGUGGUCUGAAGUUAAGUGGAAAAUUCCACAAAUAAACAACUCAUAUGUUUUAAACUCACUAGGUAGCCCAAGCUGGCCUUGAACUCUUGGGUGAUCCUCGCUGCUUAGCCUCCUGAGUGCUGGGAUUAUAGGUGUGCACCACCAUUAUUUUGUGAUAAUUGCCCUAUUUUAUAAUUGUUGCUACUAAUCUCUUACUGAGCCUAAUUUAUAAAUUAAACUUGUAUGUAUAGGGAAAA